AUGGAAGCUGCGUUUUGUAAACUCGCCACCACCGAUGAUAUUUACGUUUACCAGGAUCGAGGCGGAGGAUGGUUCUCCAAUAGCAAUCGAGCUCCUCGAUGCCGCCACAAACGCCCGAGUCACCUCCGACUUGCGGCUCGAGAUCGUAACGCUGCUGAUAUCGCCGAGGAAAGCUUCACCACCGAGGAGUUUAACAGGAAUAUUCUCCGACCACGGGAAGGGAAACCACCAUUGCUCGCCGGAGACCUGACUGUGACGCUUGAAGACGGGGUCGGAGUAGUCAGCGGCGACGUCACUUUCACAGAAAAUUCGAGCUGGACGAGAUGCAGGUUAGGUGCUAAAGUUAGACAACAAGGAGGAGUUGUGGAGGCCAUAAGUAGAGCGUUCGUGUGCAGAGAUCGGAAGUGCGUCAUACUAAAAGGUGGUGUAGUGGCGCCCGAUUCCAUCAGCCAUGCAUUGCUUUGGUUCCGAGCUGUGUUAUUGCCAUAUUAG